UAUUCUCCAUUUGGGGUUACGUUAACGGCGUGAGAUUCACAUGGUCCCGGUCGCGUGUACGCAAACGGCGUACUGACAAAGACGGCAAGACCUAUUGGGAAGGAAUAAAAAAAGAAAUCCUGUGCCGUCUUUUCUCCACAGUAUAAAGCUGUUUUACUUGGACGUUCCAGCUGGAAUUUAACUUAGCUUGGGCGAGGAUUCGGCCCGGGGAGGUGUAUUGCCUGAACGCAGAAGACGACUGCGGAAAGUGGACGUUUUUUCCCCUGCUCCGCUACGGCGAGUGAGCCGCCAUGGCAGUCGGAUCAUUGAGGCUCCAAAUCGGGAUAUGAAGAGCGACUGGAUGGGCCACAAAACGCCGCAUUUAGCUACAUGCUAACAUUAGCAUCUUUGUGACGGGAUUCUGACUGAAUUUCUGUUUUUAAAAACAAAAGGAGGAGUCACAAUUCAUGAGUAUUUUAAUAGGUGUCUCAAAGGGCCCCUUGAGAGAGAAUUAUACAAGUGGAAUAAUGCAGUGAUUUGGACUUAAAAAUAGGCUAGUUUAUUAGGUGUAAAAGAGGAAAGCGUGGGAUCCGCCUGUGCAAUACAUUUGCUGUCAUCAUCCCUUAUUUUUGGAUGAAAAGCGUGUAACGAGACUUGAGACCACGAAGCACUUUGGAUCAUGUCGGGUCGGCCCAGGACCACAUCCUUCGCGGAGAGCUGCAAGCCGCUGCCGCAGCCGUCGGCCUUCGGUAGCAUGAAAGUCAGCAGAGAUAAAGAUGGCAGCAAGGUAACAACAGUUGUGGCCACACCAGGUCAAGGCCCAGACCGGCCACAGGAGGUGAGCUACACGGACACUAAGGUCAUCGGCAACGGCUCGUUCGGCGUUGUCUACCAAGCCAAGCUUUGUGACUCCGGAGAGCUGGUGGCCAUCAAGAAGGUGCUGCAGGACAAGAGGUUUAAGAACCGUGAGCUGCAGAUCAUGAGGAAGUUGGACCACUGCAACAUAGUCCGCCUCCGCUAUUUCUUCUAUUCCAGUGGAGAUAAGAAAGACGAAGUAUACCUGAAUCUUGUUCUCGAUUAUGUUCCUGAGACGGUCUACAGAGUAGCCAGACACUACAGCCGAGCCAAGCAGACCCUGCCGAUGGUUUAUGUCAAGUUGUACAUGUACCAGCUUUUCAGAAGUCUGGCCUACAUCCAUUCAUUCGGGAUCUGCCAUCGGGACAUCAAGCCUCAGAAUUUGCUGCUGGAUCCAGAGACGGCUGUGCUCAAACUGUGUGACUUUGGCAGUGCCAAGCAGCUUGUCCGCGGAGAGCCAAACGUGUCCUACAUCUGCUCUCGCUACUAUCGAGCCCCUGAGCUCAUCUUUGGGGCCACUGACUACACCUCCAGCAUAGAUGUGUGGUCAGCCGGCUGCGUGCUAGCAGAGCUGUUGCUAGGACAACCAAUCUUCCCUGGCGACAGUGGAGUGGAUCAAUUGGUUGAGAUUAUCAAGGUUCUCGGCACCCCAACCAGGGAGCAGAUCCGUGAGAUGAACCCCAACUACACCGAGUUCAAAUUCCCCCAGAUUAAGGCGCAUCCAUGGACUAAGGUGAGUCAACAGACGUCUGUGUGUCCGGUGGGUGUGCAGGUGUUCCGGCCGCGUACGCCCCCCGAGGCCAUCGCCCUCUGCUCUCGCCUGCUGGAGUACACGCCCACCGCGCGCCUCACGCCCCUCGAAGCCUGCGCGCACUCUUUCUUUGACGAGCUGCGCGACCCCAACGUCAAACUGCCCAACGGGCGGGAGAAGCCCUCCCUUUUCAAUUUCACCACCCAAGAGCUAUCCAGUAAUCCGUCUUUGGCCUCCAUACUCAUCCCUGCCCAUGCUCGCAGUCAGGCCGCCGCUUCCACCCCAACCAAUGCCUCUGCCACCACAGACGGUAGCGGCACAGAGCGAGUCCCCAGCACCACCACAGCCUCAGCUUCCGCCUCCAACGCCACUUCCUGAGCGCCGCAGACCACCGCCAACCUCCGAGUCACCCCAACCCCCGCCCUCCCCCCAUUGUCGUCCCAGCCCAGGUGCGGGGUAAGGUAAGGCGAGGCGAGCUCAGACCCGACCUGCUCUCCUCCCUGACACAAAACCACCGCCGACACCCCCUUCGAACUGCGCCUGCCAUCCAGCUCUUACGAGUGGGGGGGGGGGGGGGGGGCACGCAGGCGUGUGAAGAUACGAAUAUACCCUUCUCACGUUGCUCGUCCGCUAAUCUUUUUCUUGCUUGCCGCUAUUAAACCACUCAAAGAAGAAGUGAGCCCGACCCCACCCGCCGCCCAUUUUUACAGCACCCUAACCCCCCUAAUUAUUACUAUAAAUAUAAUUAUUAUUAGUUUCCUCCUGUAUAGUGCAUGACCUGAGAAUGGUUAGGAUCAACUGGGGGGUGGGGGGGCACGCUCUCUCACUCACCUUUGACCUCAAGGCAUGGGGCUCGUAUACACACACACACACAGAUGCAUGAUGUAUGUGCAAAAGGGUUUAUUUUAGUUUUUUGCCACCAGGGGUUGUUUUUAAAAGUGCUUCGCAAGCCAUUUUACCCGACUUUGUUUUUUUUACAAAGGAAAAAAAAAAAAAAAGUUCUCCCCCCCCGGGCGUUUUUGUUGUCGUUUAUCCGUGUGCUUGUAUAAUAUAUACAUAACGCAUUACAUCCACAGUUUAUAUAUGACUUUUCCUUCUGUAUAAAAGGUAUAUAUAGAUAUAUGUAUAUUAACUCCCGCCGUUCACAAGUCAUUUAUUGGUGAGUUCAUAUCCGUCAAGAGCCGCGGCAAUAUUUGCCGCUGCCUUUAAAAGGCAGUAGAAUUAGACAACGUGAUGGGGUUUGUUUUUUUUUUGGUUGUUUUUUCGUUUGCCGGAAUGUGCUGAAAUUCCAGCGCUCCUCGUCGUCUUUACGGUGUCCGAUGUGGGGGGCGCUCUUUCCAUCGAACACUUUGAACCACUAAGUUGUUCGGUACGGUCCUAUCGACGGACAAUUCUCACGACUACAGCAGAAAAAAAAAAAAAAAAAAAAAAGAUGGGGAUAAAAAACUGAAUAUGUAUAUACAGUAUAAAUGCGCCUCACCAAAUAGUUUUUUUUUUUUGUAUGUGUUCACGGUAUGUACAUAUGCAGACCCAUGUACUGUUUAUGAGCAAAGAUGGAGGGGGGAAGGGGGGGAAAAAAACAAACAAAAUAAACAGAAUCUGGUUGUUGAUGGAUAUUGUAGAUGCUGACGAGCGUUAUCCAGCCAUAUGUUCAAUCUUACCUGUACAGUACAGUAGAGGGCGGCUGUAAUAUUAUUGUAAGCAGAACUAGUCAUGUAUAGUGUAACUAUAGUUUGGAGUGCCUUUGCUUUCAUACACCUUCGCCUUGUUUCCCCUAAAAGACUCUCCUUUUGGUGCUGUUGAAUGACACCCCUCACCCCCACCGCCUCUUUUGUCAUUGCACAGGUUCAUUGUAAUAUAAUAUACAGAUAGUUCACUGACUGAACUGUUUAUUUCAACACAAACUUGCUCUCCUAUAUUGUCUUGGGCGCCGCAGUGCUCGCAUGGACCCCUAGGGGGGGUCAGUUGAUUGGCAGACUUUGAGUAUACAUGACGUGACGUCAUGCAGUGUGCUGUGCUACCAAGGAGUGUUAAGGGCACGCUGGUCACAAACGAAUGAUAUUGUGUAUUAAACGUCAUAGGAGUCGGAAGAAUUUGGUUCGAAGAGAAAGUGAUACGAGAAAAAAAAAUUAUAAAAAAAUCUAAAAAAACAUUGAGAAUGAUAUAAAAUUAUUUAAAGUGUAAUGGUACAGUAUUACUAAUUAAUAUGACACGAUGAAGACUUAAAAAAAAAAAAAAAAGUUAUACAAUGACAGCUCAAUCAUAACUAUAAAAAAAUAUUAUUUUCUAGUUAAUAAAAAAAAUUACGUUUUCCUCACGUUUUCUUUUUAAAGUACCAUAAAAAAUGUUUCCGGAAUAGUAUCACUUUUUUCCCCUUGUUAAAACAAGGUUAUUUUUGUUAUACAUUUUUGACGUUCUACCCGCAAUUGAGAAUUAUAUAAAAUUAUUUAAAGUUUAACAGUACAGUAUUACCAAUUAACAUAACACGAUGAAGACUUAAAACAAUUUAUAAAAUUGUGUUAUACAACGACAGCUCAAUCAUAACUAUAAAAAAAUAUUAAAACUUUUUUUCUAGUUAAGAAAAAACUGACGUUCUCCUCACGUUUUCUUUUUAAGUACCAUAAAAAAUGUUUCCGGAAUAGUAUCACUUUUUUCCCCUUGUUAAAACAAGGUUUUGUUUUUUUUUAUAAAUUGACGUACCCACAAGAGUGAACAUCACGACUUUAUUUACGAUCUACUUCUCUGACUGUUGGGCUAUUUUGCCUCCGAAUAUGAGCCUUUAUUCUCACAACACUUUUCUUUUCGAUGUCACGUAGCGCCUCUUAAUGCUCCUUGGUCACUGUUGCUUCUUGAAGGUAACGAUGUAUACAUACCGUCGCCGUGAGCGCACAUGUUUUGCGUGAUAUGUCCGCCAUCUUGGGGGGGGGGGGGGGGCGGUGGCGUUUUUUUGUCAAGGAUUCAGUAGCACCUAAAGGGGUGGUGGAGUCACGUGACCUCUCCUGCUUGCUGUAAUUUUGGCAUCCACGAACAUGUUGCAACCCUUACCUUACCUUACCUUACCUCCCACCCCCACUACAAUAAAAUCACCAAAAAGGUUGCCAAAAAAAGGAGAAAAAAAAAAAAAAAGACGACAUGCAAGUGGAGAUGCUAGUGUUUUAUGUUAGCCUAGCACAACGUGCUAACCGGGGUUCCAGAAAAAUCUUUGAAGAAAAAAAAACAAAAAACAUCCCGUAUAACAACAGUACUACUUGAAUGACUCUGUUUGUGACUGAAAUUUUUAUUUUGUUUUUGUUUGUUUUUUUCUUCUGUUCUGUGAAGGUAUGCUAAAUGUGCGCCUCUGUAAAUAUUCCCUCUGCGUGCUCUGAGGAAUAGUUCCCUGGUACUGUAAUUUGCAUUAAAUAAAGAGUAGGAUAGCCUGGAAAUGAUCACA